GCGUCGCGUGGGGCGGCUGCGCUCGCGCACUCCAUGCCCGAACACGACAAGUACCAGCUGCGUCCGCGGGCAGCGCGCGCCCGCGAGCCGCGUGCCCGCCGCACGCCGCAGCCGCUCAGCAAGUAUCGCAGGAAAACCGCUAACGCUCGCGAGCGCAGCCGCAUGCGCGAAAUCAACCGCGCGUUCGAGACCCUCCGCAGAGCUGUCCCGGCGGCUGCGAUCACUGGCACCCCCGUGCCGUGUGAGAAACUCACCAAAAUAACCACCCUCCGGCUCGCCAUGCGAUACAUUUCGGCUCUCUCCGCCGCUCUUAGUGAUAAUUCGGAAACCGAUCCCAGCACCAGACCGGAGCGCUGGCCGUCGCCAUUCUGCUCGGAUCUGUCGGAGUUCUCGACGGAAUUAGAACACGAGACCACUUCGGAGUUCGCCGAGGACUCGCUUUCGCCGUUCGAUUCGUUCUUCGCUGAAUUUGACUAUGAAUAUAUAGACAGGACAUUUGCGUGACAUAGUGAUUGUGUUGUGAUGAUAAAGACAUUAUAUUAUUAGGUAUAUAUUUGUAAUUCUCACUUUGCCAUAAUUACAAAUAUUAAUGAAGUGCAUAAUAAUGAUUAUUAUCAAUUUUAUACUUUAAAACCGUUGUAUUUUGAAAUUUAUUUAUUGUGUAAUAAAUUUUUACUGUUCUCGU